CGCGCAUCAUAUUUUUUAGGGCGGUGUUCGCAUUUUGUUUUCAUUAAUUAUUCGCUGCUUACAAAUUAGUUAUUAAUUAAAAACGUAUCUAAGCAUGAACACAAUGGAUAAAUGCAUGCUGGCCGCCCUCGUUUUGGGCUGCCUGCUGCAAACAGCUUGGGCCAUCAAAUGCUGGGAUUGCCGCUCCGACAACGAUCCCAAGUGCGGAGAUCCCUUCGACAACAGCACACUGGCCAUCACGGACUGCCAGCAGGCGCCGGAGCUGGAGCACCUGAAGGGCGUGCGUCCGACCAUGUGCCGCAAGAUUCGCCAGAAGGUGCACGGCGAAUGGCGCUACUUCCGCAGCUGCGCCUACAUGGGCGAGCCGGGCAUUGAGGGGGACGAACGCUUCUGCCUGAUGCGCACCGGCAGCUACAACAUCUUCAUGGAGUUCUGCACCUGCAACAGCAAGGACGGCUGCAACGGUGCGGGCCUGCAGCGGAGCAGCUUGACCAGCGUCCUCUUUGGCACCUUUGCCGUUGGCCUUGUCGCGCACUUCCUGCGGCAAUAGCAGCAGCCACUAUAGCCAAAGCGAACUGUACCACUCUCUAUGUGUAAUUUUUCAAUGUGCCUUCAACUCGAACCGAAAUGAACUUAACUUAACUUGGAACGCAUUUCCGUCCUGCCUCUGCGCACGUAUAUAUAAAUCCCUUCAGACAUCUAUUCCACGCGCACAUAUUCCGUACCAUUUAGGAUCAAAGUGUAAUCUCGAUUAUUUUCUUAUAUAUUGUAUGCAGUUUUUACAAAUGUUUAGUUUAAGCGACGAAAGUUUACAAAUUUUAUUGUAAUGCAAUUUAGAACAUUUUUACAACAGAAUAA